CUCUCUCCCUCUACAAAUGGGUAGCUGUACUAACGUAGUUUUAUGCUGUGGCAUCACAACCUUCAUUAUCGGCCUCGUCAUCGUCCUGCCAAUCGUACUAACCAUUGCUCUCGAUGUUCAAGUCUCCGUCGAAGACGCUACCCUCGCCCGUUUCGCCCUCGCCGACAAACCAACCGCGCUCUCCUACAACCUCAGCACCGUCGUUCGGCUCCACAACCCUAACUAUUACUACGGCGUCUACUACGACCAGGUGGAGGCCAACUUCUUUUUCGACGGACAGCGGUUUGAUUGGCUGACUCUUCCGAACUUCUAUCAGCACCCGAAGAAGACUUCCAGAUACUAUCCUGCCAUCAACGGCCAGUCAGACAUCACUCUCGGGACGACCGGCCUCAAUAACUUCGUGAGAGAAAACCAGACGGGGCUCUUCAGUUUGGAGCUGCAGCUCGAUGCUUACGUGCGGUUCAAGAAGACUCACUGCAGGCUUUUGGUGACAUGUCCGCUCGCGGUGCGGCUGACGGUGGCCGCCGGAACUACGGCAGCCGCCUUCCAGCGGUCCAAAUGCAGCAUGGACUACCCUUAUGAUGGUAAUGCCAACUGUUUUUGUCAAAAAACUAAUAGUUGUGAUGAUUAA